AUGGAUGAGAAUCACUCACGAGAAGCAGAGGAAGAGUUGAAUGCGGUUAGUUGAUCAAUUUUGAAAAAAAACUUGAAUUUUAAACCUAUUGCAGUUUCAAAAACUUCCAUUUGAAAUGAAUGAGAUGAUUUUGAAAAAUUUGGAUCCAAUUUCAAUGCUCAAUUUUGGAAAAACUUCGAAAUUUUGCGAUGGUUUGGCUGGAAAUUUCGAUGAUCGAAUUGUUUCAAUCGGAUGGAAUGGUUUAACAGAGGAUGGUCUCCGUAUUUUGCAUUUGAAAGUAAACAGCUAUCCGGAAUAUUGGUAUACUUUGGACAUCCAAGAAGCGUCAAUCUCAAAAUCUGUUUUGAUUUUGCGAAGGUUAGUUAGAUAUUUUUCGAAAUUUUCACUCAAUAGCUCUUUUUUCCAGAUAUAAUCCAUCUGAAAAAAAAGAAAUCGAAUGGUGGAAACAAGAAAUCAACGGAAAUUGUCUCGAUAUCAUCAUUCAAUAUUUUUUCGAUUUAUUAAAGAGAAAUCGAAAUUCAAUCAAUAGUUUGUAUAUCAAAGCAGAUAAAUGUUGUAAAGGAAAAUUAGGAGAAAAGAUGUUAUCGAUUUUUCCGAAAAAUUUGGAGAAUAUUGGAGUGAGUAAUGAAUUUCCAUUGAUUGACAAAUUAUAUUCAAUCGAUUCUGUCAAGAUUUAUGCAACGAAUUUGAAUAUCGAACAAUUAAAACAAUUCAAAUCAUCAGAAAUAUCGAUUUCAGCUGAAAAUAUUUGUUACGAAGAUUUGAAGGAAUAUUUGAUUUUAUGGAGAGAUGGAAAAUUGCAUGAAAAUCUGAAAAAAGUUGAAUUGAUUGGCGAAUCAAACGAUAUUUUUAGGAAAAUACAUGAAGAAAUGUUUGCAGUAAAUAUUGGACAAAUUGAAAAUAUACAAAAUGGGUGAGAUUUUGAGGUUUCGAAUCGAAUCAAAAUCGAUAAAUAAAAAAAAUUUUGCAGAUUCUCGAAUUGUUUUGUGAUUCCGAAAACAAAUGAAGAAAAUCUUCAAUUGGCUGGAAGAUACUCAGAAUUUCUUGAAAAUGAUUAUCAAAACGAACAAAUUAUUUCAAAAUACUUGUGUUUCCAUAGAAUUUUCAUGGAUUGA